AUGACAAUCCUGAGUACAACUCCAAGCACCAUUUCAGCAACCACCAUUUCAACCCCAAGUACAACUCCAAGCACCACUUCAGGAACCACAACUCCAAGCACCACUUCAGCAACCACCACUUCAACCCCAAGUACAACUCCAAGCACCACUUCAGGAACCACCACUCCAACCCCGAGUACAACUCCAAGCACCACUUCAGCAACCACCACUUCAACCCCAAGUACAACUCCAAGCACCACUUCAGGAACCACCACUCCAACCCCGAGUACAACUCCAAGCACCACUUCAGCAACCACCACUUCAACCCCAAGUACAACUCCAAGCACCACUUCAGGAACCACAACUCCAAGCACCACUUCCGCAACCACCACUUCAACCCCAAGUACAACUCCAAGCACCAUUGUAACACCAAAUACAACUCCAAGCACCACUUCAGAAACCACCACUUCAGCCCCGAGUACAACUUCAAGCACCACUUCAGCAACUACCACUCCAACCCCGAGUACAACUCCAAGCGCCAUUUCAGGAACCACCACUCCAACCCCGAGUACAACUCCAAGCGCCAUUUCAGGAACCACCACUCCAACCCCAAGUACAACUCCAAGCACCACUUCAGGAAACACCACUCCAACUCCGAGUACAACUCCAAGCACCACUUCCGCAACCACCACUCCAACCCCGAGUACAACUCCAAGCACCACUUCAGCAACCACCACUUCAACCCCAAGUACAACUCCAAGCACCACUUCAGGAACCACAACUCCAAGCACCACUUCCGCAACCACCACUUCAACCCCAAGUACAACUCCAAGCACCACUUCAGGAACCACAACUCCAAGCACCACUUCAACCCCAAGUACAACUCCAAGCACCAUUGUAACACCAAAUACAACUCCAAGCACCACUUCAGAAACCACCACUUCAGCCCCGAGUACAACUUCAAGCACCACUUCAGCAACCACCACUCCAACCCCGAGUACAACUCCAAGCGCCAUUUCAGGAACCACCACUCCAACCCCAAGUACAACU